GAGGAAGUGGUGGUGGCGGUACUCGUGGUGGCGACGACGACGACGACGACGCGGGGCGCGUGGCUGUUGGCAUCUUCCUUUUCCUUCUUCUUCGUUUCCUUUGCGCUUUUCUCCUUUCCCCCUUCUUAUAGGGCCCCUUUUCCUUGAUUCCGUAAGACAAAGCUCUUUUCCCCCCCCCUUUCUUUGCCGCUCUCAGGGAUACAGGCCCGAUCGGUCGCCGGAGAAACAUAACAGAGGCCUUUUAACCUAAGGUGUAUACAAAACCGAAGGCUGCAGAGAUGGAGGUAUUUGGCAAAAUGGUUGCCGAGCCAACCAAUGUUAUUUUUCUGUCGAGUAUUCUCAACCGUGAAGAUGGUCAACAAAGUCACAAGUGUGAUGUGCACUGUCAAAACGAACGUGUGUGUGGAAACAUUUAUCGGUGCAAACUAACAGGGAUUACCCAUAUCUGUGAUAAAAAUUGUAAUCAGAGAAUUUUGUAUGACAACCACAGCUCUCUUUGCAGAGUGAGUGGGCAGGUUUUCCCUCUUACACCGGCGGAACAGCAGGCUGUUAGGGGAGUCCGGAGGAAGCUCGAAGCAGAGAACUCUGAGGGAUGUGCUUUUAAGCGCAGGCGUGAUGUGCGUCUGCAUCCUUCACCUUUUGAGAGGUCAUUCUCUGCGGUUGCUCCAAUUUGCAGCCAAAAUGGGGAUGGCAUGGAUAUGAGCUAGUGACAUAACGUUUUUCUUUUGGGUUGUUCGAGGUUUUGGGUACUGUGUAGAAGAACUUAAGGCGCCUCUUGAACUUGGUAAGGUGGCGAAAUUGUUAUUAUAUAUGAUCUUAGGAGAGACGAUCUCUUUCUUUCUUAGUCUUUUUAACUUCUGCUGAACCAUUAGCAAUGUAACUGUUGACAAUCAUAUAAUCUCGGGAAUAAGCUGAUUCUAUUA